AUGGUCAAAGAAACAGCGCUAUACGACACCCUCGGGGUAUCUCCCGAUGCCAACGAGGAUCAGCUCAAGAGGGCGUAUAAGAAGCUUGCCAUGAAAUGGCAUCCCGAUAAGCACGGUGGCUCAGAUGAAGCCAAGAUCAAGUUCCAGGAAAUCAGCUCCGCCUUCGACACAGUCAGCGACCCGGAAAAGCGCCAGGUCUAUGAUCAGUACGGAAAGGAGGGCCUGGAGCAAGGCGGAGGCGGUGGACAUGGCAUGGCUGCUGAGGACAUCUUCGCCCAAUUCUUUGGUGGUGGUGGUGGAGGUGGCUUCGGCGGCAUGUUCGGCGGCAUGGGCGGUGGGAUGCGAGAGCAGGGACCCAAGAAGGCGCGAACGAUUCACCACGUGCACAAAGUCGGCCUCGAAGAUAUCUACCGUGGCAAGGUCAGCAAGUUGGCUCUGCAGAAGAGCGUCAUCUGUUCCAAGUGCGAUGGUCGUGGUGGUAAGGAGGGCGCGGUCAAAACAUGUACUGGCUGCAAUGGUCAGGGUAUGAAGACGAUGAUGAGGCAGAUGGGUCCUAUGAUUCAGCGAUUCCAGACUGUCUGCCCGGAUUGUAAUGGUGAGGGUGAGACGGUACGAGAGAAGGACAAGUGCAAGCAGUGUCUUGGCAAGAAAACCGUGGUGGAGCGGAAAGUGCUGCACGUGCACGUCGACAAGGGUGUGCAGACGGGUCACAAGAUCGCUUUCAAUGGCGAGGGUGACCAAAUGCCUGGUGUGCAGCCAGGUGACGUCGUGUUUGAGAUCGAGCAGAAGCCACACCCACGCUUCCAGCGCAAGGGUGACGACCUCUUCUACCACGCCGAAAUCGACCUUCUCACAGCUCUGGCCGGUGGUGCCAUCUACGUGGAGCAUCUCGACGACCGGUGGCUGACUGUAGAGAUCAUGCCUGGCGAGGUUAUCGCACCUGGUGAGGUCAAGGUUAUCCGCGGCCAAGGUAUGCCAUCACACCGACACCACGACCACGGCAACCUCUACAUCCAGUUCGAAGUCAAAUUCCCAGAGCGUCUUCACGGACCCAAGGACGAGGAUGGCUACCCAACAGCAAUGACCCCGCAACAAGUCAAGGCUCUCGAAUCUGUACUCCCACCAAGACAACCACAGCAUGUCCCACCUCCGGACGCCAUGACCGAAGACUACUCGCUUGAGAAGGUCGAUCCGAUGCAGGAGGGUGGCCGUGCUCGCGGCGCCACGGGUGAAGAUGACGAUGAUGAGAUGCAUGCGGGUGGUGAGCGUGUGCAGUGCGCCAGUCAGUAG